UUUCCAAGGAGCAGGGUAGAGGAGACUGUUGGGACAGCCGGCCUUACAGCAGCUCAUAUGCGUAACUUAGUCGUUAUUUAUUUAUUUCCAGUUUGGCAGCCUGCAUUAUGAAUUUCUUUGUUAAGGAAAUUUCUGUUUUAUUACUCUGCAACGUCGCAUAUAGCUAGCUAUUUUAUCCUGCUUGGCCUGUUGAAUUCCCUCACAGUGGAAGUAGCCAAACUGAGCGUUUCACUGUGUUAAAAUGCCUAAUGAAGUAAAGCAGAGGAAGAAGACUCAGUCUCCAAAACAAAGUGAGGAACUGUCGGAAACGUCGCCCGCAAAUGGCAAAGAUGAAGCGCAGAAAGCGAAAAGAGCAGCAGGAAACAGCGGAUCAGCCCUGGACCUCAAAAGCAUAAUAUGCUUAUUAUCGCUGGCUGCAUGUGGGGCUCUAACAUGGGUCGUGCUUCAACAGAAUGAACGAUUUUCCCAAAUAGAGGAAAAGUACAAACUUCUACAUGGGAAGACAGCGACUGUGUUCAACAUGGAGGAGGAAGUUCUUCAAGUUUCUAAAAAGCUUGCCGCCUCUGAGGACGACCUCCAGGAGGCGCUCUCCACUGUCUCCUUGGCAACGAGGCUCCAACAGGACAUCUCCACCCUCCACACUGCUGUCAUGGCAAUGCAGGCCGACGAGAACUCCGCCUCCCGGGACCUGCAGACGGUCAACGCCCACUUCCUCAACGUGACGGAGACGUGGCAGGAACGCCUGGCCGCCCUCACCUCUGACCUGGCCGCCCUGAAGGCCGAGUCACGUGAGGCUCACACCGGUGCCACUGAGAAGGUGAACGAGGCUGAACGGAGAGUCCGGUCAGUUGUCGAGAGGCUGGAGGAGCUGGAGGACAGCACCAAGAGGAAUGCCCGCGCCCUGGAGCGCACUGAGGGUGAUGACGUCAAGCGGGCGCAGGAGCAGCUGGACUGGAACACCAAGCAGAUCCACAAGCUGCAGGAGCAGGUGGACAGCCUGGCCCGCAAGGAGGCCGAGCUCAACUCCCAGCUUCAGGAGCACAUUCCCAAGGCGCAGGAGUGUGAGACGCACCUGCCAGAGGUGGAGGAGGCGGUGCGCUCCAUCCUGAGGCUGGGAGGAGAUCUGAGCGGGGCGGAGAAGAGGCUGGAGGAGGUUACGCUGCAGGUGUUUGGGACGGAGGACAGCAUGCUGAAAGUGCUCAAUGAGAUCAUUGAUAUCAGGCAGGAGCUGGACACGCUCCAGGCUCAAAACAGCAUCCUCAAGAUGAAGAAUGAGCUGUCAGUGGUUAAAGAGGCCAUCCGUGAACUCACCAUGGUGUUGAGGGGCGAUGGGGAGGACGGCCAGGAGGAGGCUGGCACUGUGGAGGCAGAAGAGACAGAGGAGGAGGAGUGGGAACCGUAUGAGGAGGAUGAGCCAUUUCAGCCUCCUCCUGAUGAUGACCUCACUGCAUGAUGUAGUGUUUUCGGUCAACCAAAGGAAAGGAGUGGCCCUGUCCUUCCAUUAGCUCAAAAAGGCCGCUGAACUUCAGUAUUAAUGUUUUGUAUAAUGUGUAUCUCAGUCUGAUGUCAUAAAAUUGUGACCAUUUAUUUGAAUGUAGCAGUCCCUGAAAUUCAGGCAUACAGGCACUAUAUUAUAUAAGUACGGGCAGAUUAAGGAAGCAGUAAAAUAUGUUAAUAGUUUGGUUAAUGUAGACUUACAUUGUUUCUUUUUGGAAUUUCUACUUUGAUUUAACAGUAGAGAGUGACAGGAACGCCAGGCUGCGGUAAGGACUCAGCCUUUGACAAGGCGGUAUGCGCCCUACCACCGGAGCUGACAGGGUGCCCCAUAUUGAUACAUACAAAAAAAAAAAUUAGUUGCAGUUUUCAGGAAAAAUUGCCUCAUAACUCUCUCUCCAUAAGAAAUCAAUCAUGGUCAUUUGCAUUGUUGUCUCUGCACCAGUUCUGCCAAAUAUAACUGUAUAACUAUUUGUCCACUGUACAUUUCACUGAAUUAUUGCCAUGUCAAUACUGAGAAAGUGGAAUAGCUUUUAUACACUGUGAUACACUCUAAAUAGUGUUUUAGUGGAGUGUUCAUUUGAUUUAAUGGUCACUAUUUGGGUUUCACUCAUCAAGUGCAUUGCAAUAAACAAGAUUUUUUAUAAAAUCA